AUGGCAGCGUUGGGCGUGCCAUCGCACAGAUGCCUGGCGCUAUUUGUAGUACCGCCGCUGUGGCAUGACGAGAAGCUUUCCCAACUUGGCCCGGAUGCCCAUGUCAAAGGCGUUGUCGCAAAGCAUCGCGUCGCGCUUAUAUCAAAGGGGUGGUGCUCAGAUUGCAAAGCAGUGAAGCAGACACUCAAGGACCUCGGUUGCAAGUUUGAAGAGUUGGAGCUCGAAGAUGCUGAUAGAGUGCCGACAGUCAGCGAUGUUGAGGGCUACAUGCGUUACAUGCACAUGAGCACAGGAUCUCGAGUCGUGCCACACGUCUAUGUUGGCGGCCUGUAUGUAGGCGGGCAUGAUACGAUACGGACGCUUCUGCGCCACGGGGCAUUGAGGGAGCUAGUCCAGGAGAAUUUCCCUGGCGCUGAGAUCCACACUGAAGCUUACCGAGAUGCUGGUGAAAGUGACGCUUUGCUCGUUCGUGCAUGUCCAGGUGUUGGCUUCGUUCGCAUGGGAACCUUUGAAAUCUCCAACGGUUCUGACCUGGAUCCCUACAACAGUCGUGGCGGACCGUCCGCAGGCAAUCACGAUUUAGUCACCCGGUUAGUGAGGUAUGUCGGAGGUGAGGCUGGGGUCAAGGCCGUGCUGCAUCGUGCUUGUCAUAGUUCGGCUAAGUUGGUUGCCAGAUGGUCUGCGCUCGGCUUGGUUCAUGGCAUGCUGAACACGGACAAUGUUCACAUCCAUGGUGUUUCUAUAGACACCGCAGGAUUCUGUUUCAUGCCUGCCUUUGAUCCAACGUACGAUGCAGAAGGGCCACCAGCGGCACGUGGUCGGUACAGCUAUUGCAACCAGGCCUCGGCAAUGUAUUGGAAUUUGACGAGGCUGGCGACGGCCUUUUCGCAGGGAGGGCGCUAUCCAGCGGACGAAGCUGCUGCAAUUGUUAAUCAGUUCCCACGAGUGUACCAGCGUGCGUGGCUCGCAGAGAUGGAGAAAAAGCUUGGCCUUCCAGCUUGCCAAGAAAAGCACCAAGCAUCUGCAGCCAACGCCAAGGCUAAGGUGUUGAGCCUCCUCGGCGAAGCGACGGUGAGGGGAAGGUGGCGGGGCAUGCGGCCAUGGCGGCACCGCGCGGCGCUGUUCUGCUCGGUGCUGCUGGCGCCCGCGGCCGGCGCCGGCGCUCCUGAAGAGCGGGUCGCCGGCGCCCCGGAGUGGGAGGCCGGGGCCGUCCCGGGGCAGGACCGCGGCGGGCCCCACCUGCGCACUUCGACGUCGAGCGUCCCUCUGCCCGUGGACCCUCCACUGGGCGCGGGGGCGCACCGGCGCCUCGACGGCGCCGCCGAGCGGGCGGAGGUGCUCGCGGCCGCGCUCGCGCUGCUCGUGGCGCUGGCCUCGGGCGGGGGUGUCACCCCGGUGCAGAAGGUGGUGCAGCUCAUGGAGGGCAUGCUGGAGAAGGGGAAGUCGAUGAAGCACGAGGAGCAGGUGCAGUUUGCGGCGUUCAAGCAGUUCUGCGACGACACCAGCGCCGCCAAGGAGGCCGCCAUCAAGAAGGCCGCCGAGAAGAUCGAGGUCCUCAAGGCUGACAUCGAGAUGCACAUGGCCAACAUCGCCAAGCUGUCGAAGGAGAUCGCAGAGCACGAGGCCGACAUCACCGCCUGGACGGGCGACAUGAAGGCCGCAACCAAGGUGCGCGAGAUCGAGAAGGCCGCCUACGAUGACAUGCACAAGGACCUGUCGGAGUCUGUCUCUGCGCUGGAGCGCGCCAUCCAGGUGCUGAAGACGCAGGCGUACAACCGGAAGCAGGCCUCCUUCGUGCAGGUCGCCGCCCUGAAGCAGCUAAGGCUCAUCCCCGAGCGCGCCAAACGGGCGCUCACCGCCUUCCUCCAGGAGGACCCCGAGUCCGACCCCCUGAGCGUGACGGCCCCAGAGGCGUUCGGCUACGAGUUCCAGUCGCACAGCAUCAUCUCCAUGCUGGAGAAGCUGCUCGACGAGUUCAUCGAAGAGCGCACCAAGCUGGAGAAGGAGGAGAGCAACUCGGUCCACCAGUACAAGAUGCUGAUGCAGGACCUGACCAAGCAGACCGAGCAGGCGAAGUUCGACGCCUCGCAGAAGUCCGAGCUCGUGGCGAAGAACAAGGAGGAUAUGGCCAGCGCGGAGGGCGAGCUCGCCGAGACCAAGGACCUGAUGGACGCGGACCAGAAGUACCUGGACGACCUCACCGCCGAGUGCACCCAAAAGGCGGCGGACUUCGAGUCCCGCCAGCAGCUCCGCGCGGAGGAGCUCGUCGCCAUCGAAAAGGCCAUCCGAUCAUCUCCAGCUCUUCCGUGA